AUGGCGUCUGGCGUUAGACCGUUGCUUUUCAACCCGCCCCCUCAUUUCGGAACACGGAGGCUGUACCCAUUAGGCGAAAAAUGCAUUCUUGUUUACUUCAUCGUAUUGCUCUGGCCGUACAACACCUCUGUCAGGCCACAUAUGGUCCAGCGAUUGCCCUAG